AUGUCACGAAAUACGACGUUUAAACACAAAUAUGGAAAUAUUAGUAAUAAUUCAACAAUAAGUGAAGCAUCAUUCGAAAUAUUUAUACAAUCGACAAGUACACCCAAAAAGAGUGCUAUUAAAGUAUUAUCAUCAACUCCGACUAAAUUUUAUAGUUUAAUGGCAAAAUCAUCAUCUACAAAAUCGAAAAUAUGUAAAACAUGUCAAUUUGGAACAUUAUGUUCGAAUCAGUUUCAAUAUAACAACGUUGAUCUCAAUAGUUUGAUGUAUUCUACAACAAAAAUUAAUAAAACGAACAAUAAUCAGACAUCAUCAAAAAGUUUUAAAAUAUGGAAUAUAUAA